AUGGAGACGGAGGCGGAGGCGGAGACGGAGACGACGCUGGCGGAGACGAAGCCGGAGGCAGAAACAAAGAGAAAAAAUUGGGGGAGGCGGUUUGGAGGGGGUUUGCUUCGUGCUUCUGAACGGGUUGGCUCAAAAGGUAGGGACCAGUUUAUUCCUGUAAUCUCAAGUUUGGUGAAUGCCCGGGGGCUUAUUUCUUUGCCCAUCCAAGGUGACAGGUUGACCUGGGAUAACCAUCGCUCAGGGCCCAACCACGUUAAGUCGGCCCUGGAUAAAGGUCUAGCUAAUGGUGAUUGGGUUAGGCUUUUCCCAAAGGCUGUACUCUGCUCUUUCCAGACUGCCAACACGGAUCACCGCCCUCUGUGUCUGUAUUCUGGUGGUUUGGGGGAGACCAUCAGAAGGAACUUCAAGUUUGAGGAGGCUUGGACUAGGGAUGAGCGAAGCAAACUUGUGGUUGAUUAUGCUUGGAAGUCUGUUUCUUUCCCUUGGGCCCCGGCCAGGAUUUUCAAGAAGAUCGGGGCUACCCGGAUUGCGCUUAUGCAUUGGAAUAGAACCCAGUUUGGUAAUUUGGACACCCAAAUCCGGGAUCUGGAAAGAAGGUUGGACUGUUUUCAGAAGCUGCCUGUGGGAUCUAGAGAUUGGGAAUUAGAAAAGGAGCUUCGCAAUUCUCUAAAUGAGGCUCGGGCUAGGAAAGAGGUGUAUUGGAAACAAAGGGCUAGAAUUUCCUGGCUGAAGGAAGGGGACAAAUGCUCUAAAUUUUUCUUCAUUUCUGCUUCUAUCAAAGGUAGAAGAAAUGCCAUUGAGAGCAUCCUCAAUAAAGACAAUGUGUGGAUAACCAAACGGGAGCUUAUUGGGAAUGAAUUUCUGGAGUUUUUCAAAGGCAUCUUCAGGGGACCUGUAAUUGACGUUGAGUUUAAUUGUAAUGGCCUUGUCCGGGAUAGACUGUCUUUAGAUGAUCAAGCUGAUCUUAUUAGAAGGCCCUCCCAUGAGGAAAUUCGGGCAACCCUAUUUGCCAUGAGUAGUAACAAAGCUCCGGGACCUGAUGGUAUGUCAGUUCUCUUCUUUAAACACUAUUGGGAUUCGGUUGGGUACGACUUCUGUAAUGCAGUUUCAAAUUUCUUCAUUACUGGGAGAAUGCAUAAAGGAGUUAAUGCCACUAAUAUUGUCCUGAUUCCCAAGGUCCAGAACCCGAAAAGACCUAAUCACUCUCGUCUGAUCUAUCUUUGCAAUGUGGUCUACAAGGUCAUCUCUAAAAUCAUUGCUAAUAGGAUCAAGCCUUUGUUACCUAAGCUUAUCUGCCCCACCCAAGCUGCGUUCGUGCCAGGAAGGGCUAUACAAGAUAAUAAUGUGAUAGCCCAGGAAAUUGUCCACUCUUUCAAUCGAAAGAAAGGCAGAGAAGGUUUGUUUGCAAUCAAGAUUGAUCUCAUGAAAGCUUAUGAUAGACUGAGCUGGGGCUUUAUACAUCAUGUGCUGGACUGUUUUGAUGUCCCCCUAGAGUUUCGAACUUGGGUUUCCCAGUGCAUUUCUACCACCUCCCUUAAUGCUUGCUUGAAUGGGGGAUCAGUUGGCAAGAUCUUUCCCUCGUGUGGUCUCCGGCAAGGUGACCCCUUAUCCCCUUAUUUAUUUAUCUGGGCUGCGAAAAUUUUAUCUAGGAUUCUGGAGGAUGCUCAGCGUUCGAAGACCAUAAGUGGGAUCAGGUUGAGUAGGGGAGGCCUGAUCUUAUCUCAUAUCUUCUUUGCGGAUGACCUGAUUCUUGUUGGUAAAGCCAACUUAGAGGAAGCCAAGGGUUACUGGGACUGCCUUGAAAAUUUUUGCGCUUGGUCAGGUCAAAAGGUUAAUAAAAUGAAGACCUCAAUUUUCUUUAGUAAGAACACUCCCAAUGUUAUGAAACAGAGGAUCAAGGAUCUGCUGGGAAUCGGAUCGCCUGAAGAAAAAGUUCAAUAUUUGGGGCUCCCUCUAUUCAGAUCUAGACAAAAAGAUGCUGAUUUUAAUUUUAUUCUGGAUAACCUGAUGGAGAAAUUGCAUGGUUGGAAGGCCAAGACGCUCUCGAAAGCGGGGCGAGCUACUCUAAAAAAGUCUGUGGGAUUGGCUCUUCCUCUGUACGCUAUGCAAACUACUAAACUAUCCAACAGGCUUGCAACUAAAAUUGAUGGUUUGGUGCGUGAUUUUUGGUGGGGCUCGGAGAAGGGAAACCAUGGUCUGUACCUAAAAGCCUGGGAUAAACUAUGCCUCCCUAAUUCUUUAGGAGGGUUAGGAUUCCGGAAAUCUAAAGAAAUGAACCAGGCUUUCCUCGCUAAAUGGGGGUGGAACCUCCUAACAGGCAACCAAUCUUUAUGCUGUCGUAUUCUUGAAGCCAAAUACCUGAAGGGUAAGUCUUUUCUUGAGUGUGAUCCGAAGGCGUCAGACUCGUGGUUUUGGAAAAAUGUGACUAAGGCCAGAACUAUCAUUUGUAAGGGUGCCUGUAAGCGUGUGGCUGAUGGUCAGGAGACGAACAUAUGGUCUGACCCUUGGAUUGCACACCUAAAGGGAUUUACUCCCAUUUCUAAUGGGCGGAUUAUGAAUAGGGAGUCAAAGGUUGCUGAAUUACUUCAGUCUAACGGCGGAUGGAACAUCCAAAAAGUUAAUAGUUAUUUCCACCAGGAAACUGUCUCUGCUAUCUUGAAAGGGGGUAGCCCUACCGGCAUGGGCAAGGAUAUCUGGUUCUGGACUUUGGAAAGUAACGGCCAAUUCUCCUACAAAUCUUCUUAUAGAGCCCUGGCUGAGGAUCGAGUGAGUCCACGCGAGGUGGCCCCCUCUUUAUGGACCAAGCUAUGGAAUAGUAAAAUCCCUGAGAGACUCAAGUUUCUUUGGUGGUGUAUUCUAUCCAAAGCUCUUCCAAUUCGCUCGGUAAUAGGUAGAAGGUUCCCUAUUGAGGAUGAGUGCUGUCCCCUGUGUGGAACAGAAACUGAAACUAUGGAGCAUCUUUUCCUUUCUUGUAAUUUUGCCUUCCACCUUUGGCGGUCCUCUCCUUGGGGCAUUUUCCCUAUUUGUGACAUAGGUAUUCGAAUGUGGGACUGGGUUAAAUUCUUAUGGGACCUAGGGAAGAAAGGUAUAAAUGAACAGGAAGUUUUUCUUUAUGCAUCGAUCAUCAUUGACACGAUUUGGAGGACUCGGAAUGAAAAGGUACAUAAUAAUUGUCCAGCUGAUGUUAUAAAAAGUAUUGAUACCAUUCGGUUUUCUUUUGCAGAUCAUCAUGCUUACUUGCUCCCUUGCCCCAUUCCGUGUCCAAAGGAAGUUUGGCGCCCUCCCCCGCUGGAUUGGGUGAAGCUGAAUUGUGAUAUAAGAGUGGGAUUGGAUAGCAUGUGUGCGGCUGUGGUUGCAAGGGAUCACGUUGGCAAGGUGAUCUGGGUGGUUACUUCUAAGCUGGAUUUCUCAAAUGCUCUCUGUGGGGAAGCGAUGGCGUGCUGUCUGGCCCUUCAAGAAGCUAAAGCUCGCGGUGUCAAGUUUCUUAUUUUGGAAAGUGAUUCGAGAGUGGUGAUCAACGCUCUUAACGGAAAGGAUUCCCGGUGGGAGAUUGAUAACUACGUCUCUUUUUGUCAAAUCACCUCCCCUUUCUUUAUUGGUUGUACUUUUGCAUUUGUUAGUAGACAAUGUAAUUUUAUGGCUCAUAAUGUGGCCAAGUGGGCGUUUUCCCAUCAGAGGUUCGGCUCUGUGCCUCUAUCCUCUAUGCCCGAAACUAUAUUUUGUAAUGACCGCGAGGUCUGA